AUUGCAAGCCUGCAAUUCCUUGAAUCACUUCGCAUCCACAAAAAUAUGUUGAAAACCAUUCCUGAUGCUGUUGGACGUUUAUCAAAUCUCACAGAACUGAAUGUCUCAAACAACCAACUUACAGCAAUUCCUGUCUUCAUUGUGGAUAAUUUGACCAAGUUGAAGAUUUUUGAUAUUCGUCACAACCAAAUUACACGUUUGCCAUCAUUGCAAAAGCUUGUACAGCUGAAGAAGUUUGAUUUUGUUAAAAACCCACUUCAAGAACCUCCUCUUGAGGUUUGUGAGCUUGGUGUGGAAGCCAUUUUGCAGUACCAACAUGACAUGAAACUUUAUGAUCGUAUAGGGGCUAGGUAUGGCAGGAGGCAAGUAGUAUAUGUGAUUGGGGAGUCUGAAGUUGGGAAAUCCAGUUUUUGUGAAAGUCUGAGACUUCGCCACGCUUUUGUUACUGAAAGUGGGGACUACACUACAGUUGUAAAUGAGUCCUUCAUUAGUGAUGGCAGCACAGUGUUUAAUUUUUGGGACUUUGGUGGCCAUGACAUGUAUAAAGUUAUAUGCCCGUUGCUUCUGAGACCAAAUGCAGUGGUGAUCUUGAUGUUUGACCUCUCGAAGUAUGCUUGUACCACGAAUGCCUAUUAUCUUAACAGCAUUGGCUUUUGGAUCCGCAAAUUGCAGUCUCGAAUCCCAGGUGUGAAGGUUAUGAUUGUAGGUUCAAAAUCUGAUUUACUCACUGAGGAAGAGAUCAAAAGUAGGAUUCAGGAUGUCACAGAGAAAGUGAAUCACUACCAGGAACAAGUGUACAAAACGAACAUUGAGCACAAACUGGAGGGCAUUGAGAGUGAACUUAAAGGAAAACCCAUUUGGAAAAGAGAAGAGCGCCAAAAGCUUGAAAUGAAAAAGGAAAGUCUGGAGAAUAAACUAGACAGCAUGCUAUGCAUUAGUAAGAAAAUUUUCGCCAUUAGCUCUUUGAAGUACCAAGGUAUUCCUGACAUCAGAAAGGAACUCCAAGGCAUAGCUAAUGAAAAUGCCCUGCUGCUGCCACCCAAUUGGGUAGAGUUUGCAGAUGAGGUCAUGAAGCACAAGACCAAAGCACAGACAGAAGGGAAUUCAAAACCCCAAUCACUGCACAUGUCUGUGGGAGAGGCCUACAGAAUAUGGGAACAAUGUAAUGGAUACAGAGCAACCCAAUGCACCUGGUUUCAACCCAUAAAAGAUGCUUUUCACACUGUCUCUAAAUUCAUAAAAAUGCACAGUAAGAAAAAGGCCUUUGAGACCCAGUUGGAUUUCCUUCACAAAUGGGGUUGUAUAUUGUGGCAUAGACAAAACUCCCGACUUUGUGACUCGGUUAUCCAUGACACAGGCCGAAUGAUAGAUUUCCUGAAAAGGGUGUUUGAUUACAACCUUUUCGAAACCCUGAAAGGAGAGAAGGCCAGAGGAUUGUACACCUGCUCAAAGGCACAGUUUUCCAGAGAAAUGCGUCUGCUUAAGAAAGGUGUUCUGAUCACAAGACUGAUGGCCAACAUUCUUGCUGAUUUUGAAGAGAAUGAGCAGGAGUUUUUGUUCUCACUCCUGCAGGAGUUCGACCUUUGCUACAAAGUUCGCUUUGGCAAGGGCACUCAAGGGCUGUAUUUCCCAUGGUACCUUUUCAAGCAAGAAGAACCUGAAGACCUGCCACAUGUCUGGCCCAGUGUUCUAGAAGAUGAGCAGAUUCAGCUCCAAGUAGAGUUCCAUUUCCUCAUUGUGGUCCCCAUAAGUUAUUUUGAAAAGCUUCAGGGCCGACUCCACUGCAGUGUUUGUUCAUUUGAGGACUCCCAGCGAAGAGACUGGUGCAAUGGUAUGUUCACCCGGUAUGGCAGCUCUAGAAUUUUGAUCAGACGAGUUCAGGAACAAAAUGAAGCCAAGAUCGAGGUUGCAGUGAGGGGCAAGAUUGUGGAGUUUGAAGAACUGUGGAAGAUUCUUUGCUGGAUACAUACAGAAAUGCAGGACCUGUUGACAGAAUAUCCAGGGGAGACAUCAGACGUCAUCUACCUGUGUCCAGCCUGCACAAAGGAGGGGUCCAAGAAGCCUUUAAAACUACCCUGGGAUACAGUCACAACCCUACCAGCCUUUGCCAGCUUUCGCCAUUGUAUCAUCAGUAACACAGUUGCGUGCCAUGGACAGCCGAAUGCACCCCAAAUCCCUGCUGUUUUUCACUACCCUAUGCUUAGUUCAAAAGGCUGCUGUAAACAACUGAGAGACUAUGAGAAGAUUUGUAGGAAGAAAUGUGUUCAAAAAGACCAGGUUAAGAAAGGCUCUGUCAGGAAAAAGAAUUCAAAAAGAGGGAAGAAGGCUACAGUGGUGAAUUUGAAGGAAGAACACCAUCAUCAGCAUAAUGAAACCAUCAACAUUUCUGGUAGCAAUGGAGUUCAUAUUGGUGAUACAAACAUUACCAAUGUUCAGCCAUCACAAGUGACCACAAGUUAAUACUAGUAGAUGCACACCUUUAUUAACAUGCACAAUGAUUUUUUUAUUAUUAUUUCAUUUUAAUGUUAUGACAUUUUAAAUUUUUAUUGUCAUAUUUUGCCCAAUUUUAGUAAGUCAAUAUGCACAGUGUAUACCCAAGUAUAUGUGCGAGUAUAUGCACUGUUUUCAGUACUGUAUGAUGACUUUGUGGACAUUACUAACUAUUACUGUAGCAUUCCUUUCUGUUACUGUACAUGAGGAGGUACAGGGUAUGUACAUGUAUGAGAGGAACAUAACUGACAAAGUGACAGCUAGAAGACUUCUAAGUACAGCUCAGUUUUUGGUGGUAGCACAUAUUUGACCUAUAUCGUAUAUGUUGAAAAUAUGACUUGUUUAACCAUGUUAUGGUCCUUGAGUGUGUGUGUGUGUGUGUUUGUGUGUGGUCUUAGUCAAUAGCUAUUUUUGUAGGACGCUUAUAGAAGACGUGUAUAAAAAGUAUUUUGGAAAGUCUAUAUGUAUACACAUUUAAUGCUCAAGUAUAAGUAUCAUUAAAAAUUGUUAUUGAAUCAUCAUCUUAAGACUUGCAAGUCUUCAUCAAUGAUUUUAGGGUUGUGUUCUUCUGUGUGUUGAACUUUAAUACAUAGUUCUUAAGGCACAUGAACAUUGCAGAAGGCCAGUGAACACUAGCAGUCUAGCUGUUACAAAGAGCUCAUCCAGAACAAGUUGAUCUGCGGACUAACAGAACCAGGGAUCAAGUAUGACCAAACCACUUAAAAGCCAUGCCGACUAAUCCCCUGAUGGUCUCCCCGCAUUUACACUCUCCAUCCCUGCAGGGGUCCAGCAAUUAAGCCUUGGAGUCGAGAUUUAAUCUGUUUAAUUGCGGAAGUGGAAGCGGGGACACCACCAGAGGAUUAGGCAGCUUGCUUUUAAGUGGGUUUGCCAUAUUUACUCCAUGGAUCAGUGAAUCCACAGUUCAUCUACUCUGAAUACACCCAAAGUUUUAUAAAAGACUAAAUUAUAUAACUUUCUGUAUAUAGAGGUCUAAGGUAUAGAGCAAUGGUUACUGAUAAUUAUGAGUGUGGAUUAACAUGUUUCAUUUAUUAACUCAGCUCUAUGGAAUAAUGGGGUUUUUAAAGGCUGCUAUGCCUCAUUAACAGUUUUUAAACUUGUUGAUAUGAUGUUAUCUAUCAAUCAAUCAAUAGAAUCUGAAAUGUUAAAUUUUUAAUUUUUAUUAGUAUGUUGCACCCAGUGCUGAGUGCUGGUACUGGGCCUAUGUAUUUUUAUGCUGAUUUUUAGGGAAUCGACUCCCUUCAGUAGAUUUAGAACUACAUGUUUAUGUAGCAAUAUAGGAUAUAGUUUAAAUG